AUGUCAAAUAAAAGGACAGUCCAGGAGAUUCUUCUGAAUGUUCUUGAGACUCUGAAUGAUGGAGAGCAGAAGAUGUUCCAGUGCUACCUCAGCCAGGAGGUUCUGGACAAGUAUCCUCCCAUACCAAAGGCUAAGACAGAGGGUGCCUCUCUGGAAGAGACAGUCAAUCAACUGAUUGAGUUCAAUGAUAACUCAGCUGCAGCGAAGAUCACGGAGUUAACUCUGGAACGGAUGAACCAGAAACAGCUGGCUCGAGGGCUAGAGGAGGCUCUGGAGAAAGGAGGAUUCUUCCCAGAAGUUCCAUAUGUGCAGGUUCUGCCUGAAGGACUCAGUGACCAAACACUGAUCACCAUUUAUGGGGAGCCUAAACCAAACGCUGAAAAAUUUCAGAUCAACCUCCAGAAAGGUGAUGAUGUGGCCUUUCAUUUCAACCCUCGCUUCAAUGACAAAGGAAAUCAGGUGAUUGUGAGGAACACCAGGAUUAAAGGUGUUUGGGGUCCUGAGGAAAGACAACUUCCUUUCUUCCCUUUCACACCUGGAAGACCUUUUGUGAUGAAGAUUUCCUGCACCAGCUCUGAGUUCAUUGUGGAAGUUGACGACAGGUAUUUGCUGUCUUUUACACAUCACAUGAAGGACCUUCACCACAUCAAAAUGCUCGCCAUUGAAGGAGAUGUUGUCCUCAAGUAUGUUGUCACAGACUUCUUCCCAGAAGUUCCUUAUGUGCAGAUUCUGCCUGAAGGACUCAGUGACCAAACACUGAUCACCAUUUAUGGGGAGCCUAAACCAAACGCUGAAAUAUUUCAGAUCAACCUCCAGAAAGGUGAUGAUGUGGCCUUUCAUUUCAACCCUCGCUUCAAUGAGGAUGGGAAGCAGGUGAUCGUGAGGAACACCAGGAUUAAAGGUGUUUGGGGCCAUGAGGAAAGAAAACUUCCCUUCUUCCCUUUCAGUCCUGGAAGACCUUUUGUGAUGAAGAUUUCCUGCACCAGCUCUGAGUUCAUUGUGGAAGUUGACGACAGGUAUUUGCUGUCUUUUACACAUCGCAUGAAGGACCUUCACCACAUCAAAACGCUCGCCAUUGAAGGAGAUGUUGUCCUCAAGUAUGUUGUCACAGGAUGA